UGGAGCAAACAGGUUUAAACAGAAAAAGAAUUAAACGUGAAAAACCAAACAAAAAGUGGAGCGAAAAAGAAAUCCAGAGUAUACUGGAUUUCAUGCAGGAAGCUCUAGAAGUAGAGGCACUAACAGCUCAAAUUUUUUAUAAAAACCUCAUUGAGAGCACAAAAAUAGACGCAAUGUGGGAUUUAAUACGGUGGAAAGUGCGGCACAUUAAGGCUUCAUACAAAAAAGCAAGCGAUUGGCGAAUGUCAACAGGAGCAGGCCUUCUUGAGUCUGAUGCCGCGACGUCGAGUGUUGAAGGCAAAGUGUUGCAGAUGUGCCCACACUUUAAUCAGCUUAAAUAUAUUUUUGGGAAAAAGCCACAAGUGAAUUACUAUUUGAAGUGGUUGAUAGUGGCAGAACGUCCAUAAUGAAUGAAAGCGCGGCCAGCCAAAUACUGGAAGUCACCUUUUCUGAUGUCGGCGAAGAAAUUGCGUCUAUAAAUUGACAUUGCCAAUAUUGAAAUUCUACCACCAGGCAAUGUAGUGAAGUGAUUGUUCAUAAAAAAGCAAAAGAUUUCGCGGAAAAAAUUAAAAAAUAUGUCCCAAAAUCAUCUGCUGCAAAUCUUGUUGCUUUUCAAGUCGAGCGUAGGUAAAUGUUCAAAAUGAAAAUGGAAUGGGAAAAAGAGAAACAUGAAAAAGAUCACGCUUUGAAUGAAAGAAGAUUGCAAGCAGAAAUUGAAAGAGGUAAAGCUGAAGUAAUAUACAAGAACUGUGAAUUGGACUUAAAAAUCUUAGAUUUGGAAAAGGAUGAACGGUUGAAAAAACUUCAAAUUGAAAAGGAGGAACGCUUGCAAAAGUUCGAAAUUUAAAUGAAAUAUWAGUAUUCCUCUCACCAGUAAUUUUUCUGUACUUUAUUUAUCUUAAUUUAUGUAUCUCUGUACUUUAUUUAUCUUUGUAUUUUAAAAUAUGUAGUACCAAUUACUGUUGAGAUGAAUACUUAUUUAAUACGGGUUUUGAUGUUUUACUAUCU